CAUUGGCUAGAUCGGCUCGCGUUCAACUGAAAGGGGCGUGAACUUUGUGAUAGCAUUGAUAGCCACUGUAAAAGCCUCUGUGAGGAACACCGUUUUCGGCGCCGUCCAGGAUAUAAUAUUAUACGUUUUUUUUGUUAGACGAGGUUUGAGGCAUUGCCAUGUGGGGAUGACUUUCAAGCUCAUGGACUCGUGUGUUUAGUUGGCGGAUUGUUUGUAAGGCCUGUGGACAUGGCAUUGUGGCUUGCACCUAGCCUCUUCCAGCUAGCGAGCUGAGUGGCCUAGAGAAGACUUGCUUUAGAGUAGCGCAGUGUUAGCUUCCCUCAGCUAAUGCACUGUGGACUAUAGUAACGUUAACAUUAACUAACAACGUCGUUCAGUUCAGUUUAAGUUUUGCUUUUUUCUUCUUAAACCUUUGCUAUUCAUAAGGACACUUUACGUCGCCUUCUUCCCUGGUUAGUGGAACUCACCUGAAGCGAUAGCAUGCAAGUGUCGUUCCAGAAGUUACCUCGUCAGUCGAUGCUGUUCUGCUCACUCGGACUAACGGAUCGCUAGCUAACUACCGGGCAUUGUGCGUUGUGUAGCUGGAGCAUGCUAACUUGUACCAGGAAAGUUGUUACCUGGUCAUAACCGCAAGGUUAGAAUAGGGCAGUGGCACUUGUUGGGGUUUAAACGCCUAACGCUUGAGACAACGUGUGGUCGUUCACAUACCACAUGCAUGGCCAUUAACGCUACGAUGUAAUGCAACACAGGGCCUGGUGGUUUGGGCCAUAUUUACAGCUGCUGAAUUGUUUUCCUGUCUAUAACGUCUGCUCAAUAGUUCAUUGAACACUAAGACUUUGUAAAUGGUCAACCGACAGGCCUCUAGAGUUAGAAUUAGUUUAGUUGGAUUAGUGUUUCCACUAUCAAGAUGAACAAUCCUGCAGUUAUGACACAAGAAAAGAUGGAGUUGGAUCUUGAAAUUCCAAAUUCACUUGUUCAAACUGAUGGACAAUUGAGAAGAUCGAACAGUGCACCCAUGAUAAAUGGCCUAAGUGACAACUGUCAAGUGUUCCAGCGAGAGGUUCUUCGCAGCAGAAGAAAUAGCACAACUGUUGUCAACAGGCCCAAUAUGGUUCCAUCGUCACCCAUUCGAGUGCCCAGCACAAGACUUCAUCAGAUAAAACAAGAGGAGGGUAUAGAUGUAAUGAACAGGGAGACCGCCCAUGAGAGGGAGGUGCAAGCGGCAAUGCAGAUGAGCCAGUCCUGGGAGGAAAGCCUCAAUCUGAGCGACAACGAUUUGGAGAAGUCUGUGUCGUCGUCGUCUCCAAAGAGGAUCGACUUUGUGCCCGUCUCCCCAGCCCCCUCCCCGACCAGAGGGAUCGGCAAGAAGCAGUGUUUCUCUCCUUCGUUACAAAGUCUGGUGAGCAGUAACGGCCUCUCUCCUAGCCCCAUCCCCAGCCCCACCCGGCGCUUCAGCCGCCGCAGUCAAAGUCCGAUUAACUGCAUCAGAGCCAGCAUACUGGGGCCAAUCAAACGCAAAGGGGAGAUGGACAUAGAGAGCCAACCUAAAAGGCUCUUUCAGGGGACUACAACCAUGUUGUCGACAGAUAUAGCCCACCUGUUGGAUGUCAGUUCCUGUCCAAGCCCAGAAUUGCUGGACGGCAGCCUCAGCAGUGUGUGCUCUUCCACUGGAUCGCCUGGCAAAAUGGAGGGAGUCUCGCCUUCCUCCAGCAAUUCCCCCUUCACAUCCCUCCAGGACCUGUCUCCUAAGUGAACAAGGAGACUUGCAAGAUACACUAGAGCAGGUUAAAGAGACACUAGAGUAAGAGAAAGAUGAAGUGGUGAAACGACGGUCUCCAUCUGAGGAGGGUGAAGAUUGUGUUUCCUUCUCGGACCCUCCUUCACCUAGCUUUAGUUUAAGUGGAUUUUCACCAUGUUUUGCUUUUGUGAGGCUGGUGGUUUGGCUUCAGGUUGGAGGGUCCCGAUCUGUCUGAAAGGAAACAAAAGCCAUGGUUGUGUGCUUUGCUUGUAGAGACACAGGUGGGACUGUUGUGAUGGAGGACUGAGGAAGACGUUAAGGGCACCAGCUGCUAGUUGUGGAGGUUUUUUUUAAUGGUGCAUCGCUUCAUAGUGAUACUGUGUUUCCAUGUGUAUACUGCCAAUGUAUCAGCUGGUUCUCUCCCGCGAGAGACAUUAAGCACUGGACAAAAAAAAAAAAAAAGACUAUUUGGAUGUGUAGAAUGCCCUGUUUGUGCUGGAAUACGUUUGUUCAAAGGCCUAUUGUCUGUACAGUCUGCAGGUUUUGUAUGAAAGGAUUUAAAUUAUUUUUGUUCCUCUUGCUUUAUUGUACGUAUAUGUGUAUAUAUUAAACCUUGUCUAAUAUCAUAGUUUUAAUUUGGUUAUUGGCUGUGAGGUUGAACACGAGGCACAGACCUUCAGCACGCCACCAAAUUCAUGGCCGUUGAGGCAUAAGUCAGCGUUCCUGGUUACAAUUUUACCGUAUUGGAAGUUGAUUGUAACACGAGUUUUCAGUUCCCUGUAAUUCAUAUUUUUUUUAUGCCAUAGGCUGUAAACUGUGUUGAGAUUUCCAUGCCAGCUUGUCAUACUUGCUGCCAGCUUGUCAAACUUGCUGCAAGUUGAAUUGCCUACUGUUGGGGCAAAAUACUUGACUUGGCAGAUGAUCAGACUUAAUCAGAGAAUGCUCUGUAUUAUUGGGAUUGAAACGUCGAGGCUGCUCCGUCGCUGUUUAUACAUAAUUGUAUGCUGAGUAACAUUUAUGUGCAUACAAUUUCUUCCUCUGAUACAGGCACAAACAUUUUAGGGGAAAGAUAGACUUCUUUAUUGUUUUUCCUGUUUCUGCUUUGGUCCGUUUGAAAAAGAGAUUCGAUGCAGAACCUGUUCCUGCAGUGAUGUUUCAGUUGUAUGUGAACAGUCUGUGGGAAAGUUCUAAAAUAAACCCAUUUAUUCUUGUCGAAGUGUGGAAGUAA